AUGAGUUCUAUUGAUGAUGACAAUAUCUUCAUCGAGCAAGAAGAGCCUACUGAAGAGGAUGUUUUAAAAUAUGCAGAAUUUCUUGGUAUUGAUCCUGUGCUGGAAAAGGAGUUAAUACCAAUCGCUUUGGAGGGAAUAAAAGCUCCCUUACCUGAUGGAUGGAGACCUUGUCAGUCCGAUGGUCAACUUUAUUACUUUAAUUUUAAUUCAGGAGAAUCAAUAUGGGAUCAUCCACUUGAUGCCUAUUAUAAGGAAAAAGUGGCAAAGGAAAGGGAAAAAUUGAAAAAGGAAAAAAAGAAGAAAAAGAAGAAAAUUACAACAACAAAACUUGAUCCGCUCAAUUCUUUACGAUCAUCAGAUGAAAUACCUUCUCUUACUAAUAUGACUACUUUGUCUUCUUCAUCAUCUGUAAAGAAGCUUAGAGAAUCAAGUUCUUCAUCUCCGCAAAACAAUGAAGAGCUUAUCAAAUUACAAGACAAAAUAAGGUCUCUAGAUCAACAACUUGAAUUAUCAAACAGGGAAAGGAUUGAACUUCAGAAAAAGAUAAUACACUUGAAUAAUGAGAAUGAAAAACUAGAAAAUGAUCUUAGAGAGAAUAAGAAUAAGAUGGAAGUUGAGUACAGGAACAAAAUAACUCAGCUUCAAACCGAAAAAGAUAUCAUGGAAAAGAAACACAAGCAAACUCUCCAAGAUACAUUUAUUGAAAAUAGGAAACAAAUAGCAUUAGCAAGACAAGAAGCAGAUGAAAUGUUUGAGGAAAAUGCUAGAUUGAAGAAAAAUCAAGCACAAACUGAAGCAAAGACGUUUAAGGCUAUCGAGUGUCAAACUGAUAAAAUUGAUACUAAGGUCCUUGUUGAGAAGAUUGUAGAGAAAAUUGUAGAGAAACCAGUCGAGAAAAUUGUAGAAAAGAUAGUCGAGAAGGUUGUCGAAAAACCUGUUGAGAAAAUUAUAGAGAAAAUUGUAGAGAAACCAGUCGAGAAGAUUGUUGAAAAAGUAGUCGAAAAGAUUGUUGAAAAACCUAAGAUAGUUGAAAAGAUUGUGGAAGUUGAGAGAAAGAAGACUUCUCUCUCCAAAACAACUCAAACUGAAAUACAAACAAUAUCAAGUCUCUGUCAAACAGAUGGAGUCAAAACCACAUCUGAUGGUGUGAACACAAUAACCAAAACAUUCAAAGAUAUGCUUGCUCAAACAAGUGAACCUAGACAAAUUACCCCUAAGAAAGUUGUAACUAUUGACCAGUCACAACAGACAACAGAAAAAACAACUAGAGAUGAAUGUCUCCAAGCAGACAUUCAAUUACCUGCAAAUAAGCAUGUAGAAAUAGAGACAAUAACUUUGUCUCCAAUACCAGUCCAACAGGGCCCAAAAAGUCCUGUUCUAGCAACACCUCUUAAACCAAUUUUGGUUAAAACUAAGAAACCUAAGCAAUCUAACAAGUAUGAAAGCCCAAGUCCUCUUUCUAUAUCUGAUUUGGACAAGGAAAAUACCCCUCCAAGACAAUUAGCUAAACAAAACACUGAAUUCCUUCUGUAUAAGGAAAAAACUGAAAAGAAGAUUAGUGAAGAAAAGCUUAAAUUAAAGAAGGCAAAAGAAUUCUGCUCUCAAGAAAAAGAAACGAUUAGAGCAAGACAAGAAAUGUUGGAACAAGCCAGAGAGGAAUGGAAGACUGAUAUGUUGAAUACAAGCAUCAUUAAGGAUGGAUCCCAGCAUAACAUGAAUAAGAUAUUGAAGAGUGUUAAACAACAUUUGGAAAAGCAAGCUCACAGCUUGAAUAAUGAUGUCAAGAGAGUGAAUGAAAUUCAAAACCUGAUUGCUUUAAGAAAGAAGAAAAUCAAAGUACUGGAAGAUAGUAUUAUUGAUCAGAGCCAUUUUGAAUCAUAUAUUUCUGCAGAUCCUGAUUCCCCUAAUAGUCUAUCUACCAGUAGCAGCAGUGAUUCUGACACAAACAAGUCUCACCUUGCCAAGAUAUUGAACAGAAUUGAGGAAGACCUUGCCCUUCUCCAUAAAAAGAUUGAGCUCCAAAACAAACCACCUGUUGAUGAAAACUACAAGGCCUACAAGAAAAUAUUCCCAGAACUUGAUCAAACUAAUCUAGAUGAAACAUCUCAAUCUUACCAAAUGAUUUCAACAAAAUGGCAUAAUUAUUUCAAACAAACUGAGAAGAGAAGAAAGAUCCUACAAGGAAAAAUUAAUGCAUUCCAGAAUCAGUUAGACAAGUGGAUAUCUGAAAGAGAUCACAAAAGGGACAUGUUUUUAAAGCAUGGAAACUGGUUGUUGUCUCUAAAACAUGAACUCACUUAG